ACGUCCACGCCUGGGCACACACACACGCGCGCGCGCGCACCCCCAUACACUGUAACCGGUUUGAGCGAAAUAUACGCAGAUUCUCGUCACCAUUUGGGAGAGAGAGAGGGAAUAAGAAAAAGAGAGAGAGUGGAUACUGUAGCUACACAUGGAUGUGCAGACGGACACUGCAAUUAUAAUCUGGAUAAAUUUGACGGCGGGUGGUCGGAAUUUGUGGACAUAAUGGGGAAUACGACACCCAAACCAUCAAUAGAUGCAACACUGCAACCUCCUCCACUGGCCAGCAGACAAUAUUACACGCUGCCCAACAAUGGCGCCGGACUUGAGAGAAGGUCUGCACAUCCAGUUAGCAUCAGUAUGGAGUCACCCCGCUUUCACCCCCACGCCAAAGGCAAGAAUAUAAGACUUGACGGGCAGCUUCGCCGCGCCACUCGAAAGAACAGUUUUUGCAAUGGGAUCACCUUCAGUCACAGGCCUGUCCAUCUCUACGAAAAGGUGCGACUUCGUCUUACUGGAGUGCACACCGGCUGGAGUGGAGCUCUACGCUUUGGUUUCACCAGUCUGGACCCAAGUGAUUUGAUCAUAUCUGACAUCCCCAAAUACGCUUGUCCAGAUUUGGUGACGCGGCCCGGAUACUGGGCCAAGGCACUGCCUGAAAGACUCGCCUUGAAAGACAGCGUGCUUGCCUUCUGGACCGAUCGCCACGGGAGAGUAUUCUACAGUAUUAAUGAUGGCGAGCCAAUCCUCUUCCAUUGUGGCCUCAGCAUCGGCUGCCCGCUCUGGGCCAUCGUUGAUAUCUACGGCAUCACUCAGGAAGUCACGCUGCUUGAAAGCACGUUUGCCGAGAGCGUCAGCUCGAGCUGCCUGAGCGCCGCCCGCCUGAGUGCCUAUCUCCCCCAAAGCAGCCACGAUUCGGCCAAUUACAGCAAUAAUCAACUGGAGAACAACCAAGCCGCUGCCGCCAAGAUGGCCAACAUCCAGCUCAAUACUUACACUCAGCUAAUCCCCUACUGCUCAUCCAAUUCGUCCUCCAACACGCCGGCCUCAUCUGUCUCCUCCGGAUUCUCCAGGGUGGUUCGGAGCCUCCCCUCCCCGCUGAACAAUGACCUGCACUUUCACCCCAUCCGCGGCUCCGACAUCAUACUUUCCGCAGACCGCUCAGCUGCUUGUAUCCACUUUCUGGACAGCAGUCGAACUCUUGUGUUUAGUGAUCGGCCUCUGUACACCGGAGAGACUUUAUACGUAGAGGUCGGCCAUCUGGGUCUGCCUUAUUUCGGGGCGCUGUGGUUUGGUUUGACGUCCUGUGACCCAGCUAGUCUUCACGCCGGGGACCUGCCGGCUGAUCCAGAGGUUUUGCUGGACCGUAAGGAGUACUGGGUGGUUCAUCGUGGGUUCCCGAUGCCGUGCUCCGGGGACGUGCUGAGCUUUAGUCUGCUGCCCAGUGGAGAGGUGCACCACGGAGUGAACGGAGUGGGACGUGGCAGGCUGCUUUGCGUAGACCCUUCUCAGGUGCUGUGGGCCUUCUUCGCCCUACACGGGGCUGUGAACAGACUCAAGAUACUCGGAACGCUGCAGCCCAGUCCUCCCUCCACAUCCCCCACCACCUCCCAGAGCAGCAGCCCAGACGACAGCGAUUCAGAUCUGGCCUUCAGUGUCAACAGAUCCUCCUCUGCGUCUGAAUCUUCCCUGGUGACUGCUCCCAGCUCCCCUCUCAGUCCUCCUGUAUCUCCCUGCCUGGGUGGCUCAGAGUGGCCCUCUUGUGAGAAAAACGGGGAAUGCACCAUCUGCUUUGACCAAGAAGUGGACACGGUUAUCUACACUUGCGGUCAUAUGUGUCUGUGCAACGAUUGUGGACUGAAGCUCAAGAGGCAGAUCAACGCAUGUUGCCCGAUAUGCAGGAGGCCCAUCAAAGAUGUGAUCAAAACAUAUCGGCCAUGAGUUCAUCGCCUUCUUUCAGGCAUGCUUGCACAACAACUGCAGAUUAGCCAUAAAAGGACAUUAUUGUGCCUAUGGGAUUUUAUAUGUUAAUCAUCUCUGGAGACAACAAACAAGCCAUUGCUGUCUACUCAUCAUCUUAAAUAAUAGAUUGCAUAUAUUGGCGCAUAUAUUUAUGGUAGAUAAUAAUGCGAUGUAUGAUGUGCCACGGCUCUUUAUCGAUCAAUAUGCUUUCUCUGAUGUUGCCAUUUAUAUUCACAAAGUAAUAAAUGUUAAGGUUAAUGUUGCAAAUUAGCUUCAGCUGGAAAAAGUCGAAAAGACUUUUAGUGCCUUAGAUUAUUGUCUCAUUUGGUGUUCACGUGAUUAACUCACAAUGGAGGCCAUAUUUUUUAUUGUACAAUAAGGUUUGUGAUGGAAAAAAGAAUUUGAGCAAUAAAAGGCACACCUGAUCAUGUAGCGGUAUGUGAACGGUGAAUGAAGUCAUGUGUUUGAAGAGGUUGUUGUAAAUGAAUAAAUAGUCUGGUUUUGCACAUUGAGAGAAAAAUAAAAGUGAGUUAAAUGUAGUUAAUGUGUUCUUUUUUUUCAACACAACGCAUGUACAGUCGGGCAAAUAAGUAUUUAGUCAACCACUAAUUGUGCUAGUUCUCCCACUUGAAAAUAUUAUAGAGGCCUGUAAUUGUCA